AUGAAAAAGCCUCGGAGGGAAGUACCUCUCCCUAGCCAGGAAAAGCGGGAGGGGGCCAUGCAAUUUGCUUUGACAACCCUUGAUCAGGUCGCAAACUGGGCAAGGCAAAGUUCAUUAUGGCCCAUGACUUUCGGUCUCGCCUGCUGUGCUGUAGAAAUGAUGCAUCUAUCAACACCUCGCUACGAUCAAGACCGUUUGGGAAUUAUUUUCAGAGCUUCUCCUCGCCAAUCGGAUGUCAUGAUAGUCGCCGGGACUUUAACGAACAAAAUGGCGCCUGCGCUAAGACAGGUCUAUGAUCAGAUGCCCGACCCACGCUGGGUAAUCAGCAUGGGAAGUUGCGCAAAUGGAGGUGGUUAUUAUCACUAUAGCUAUUCUGUUACCCGCGGAUGUGAUAGGAUUGUCCCUGUGGACAUAUAUGUUCCUGGUUCUUUAAAAGGCCCACCAACUUCGGAGGCAUUGAUGUACGGCAUUUUCCAACUCCAAAAGAAAAUGCGACAUACACAGAUUACCCGCAUGUGGUAUCGUAAGUAA